AUGUUCGAAUCACUUGUUCUCCUUGCAGCAGUGAUUGCUCCCGUCUUGGUCCGAGCAGACUUCUGUAAAGCGACAAACGACGUUCUGUUUUUCGCCUGCGGCAUCGAGGGCGGUUGCGACGCGACUGUCUAUGGUCAAAAUUUCCAGGUUGUCUUGCAAGGCGAAGGUGGUUGUGCUGCAGUCACAAACUUCGGUUACCAGGACCCUCAAGGAGGCGGCACUACCUUUACUUUCAAUCAGUCCGUCUUUUGCAGUGGUGGGUCCGUAGCGUAUGCCGUGAGACAGGUCUUCAAUGUGGAUGGCUUUAGCUGCAAUGGUCAAGGUCCAGUCUAG